GAGUCGCCAGACCAUGCUGCCACAACCUGGCUUCGAAGUUUCUUAUGCUGACGCUUUCUUUAUCCUCCCUUUCAUCGUCGCCUUCUUGAGCUACGGGUAGCAAAUUGGAGGAACGGCCAUUUUAACCGAGACGCGCACCAUUCGCAUUCCCAGAAUUCGGCCUCGCCGCCUCACGACACGGAGACUAGAGUCGAGUUGAAGCAACCCAGGAUCUCUGACUCUGACCGCCCACAGGCUACAAGCCGUGUAUCAACACCGAUAAUAGCAACGUCAAAACGAUUCUGACACCUUUUCCCAGAGACGGAUAUCAUUUGUACACUGGGAAAGACAUCCAGAGUGCUUCGGACCGGCUCGUUCACGGUUCACCACUUCCAUGCGGGACUCUCUUAAAUCCUCAUUUGCAACUCCCUUGCCGCAGUCCUCUCGAUCUGAGGUUCUUGAGUGGUCUUUUCCUAAGCCGUAUCACCAAAAUGUCCUCACCGGCAAGUCCCGAGCGGCAUGGCACACCUCAUUCGUCAUUCCCCAGAUGAACCUCCUUCUUGACGCCGGUCUCUGCGUGAACAAGCUGCGCCCGAAACACAUCUUCGUGACCCACGGUCAUAGCGACCACACUCUCUUAUCCCCGGCCUUUACGAGUCGGGAGGACCCUCCAGAUAUCUUUUGCCCCGCCGAGAUGGCGACCGCCUUUGACGACUUUAUUCUUGCCAGUGCCAUGCUCGACGCCGGCGGCCUCAUCGGCAUCCAAGACGCCGCGAAGCGCGGACUCGACGUUGAAGGGGAACACGAGUCACAUCACCGCUCCCCGUCCGAGAGGGCAUGGCUCAACACCCACGUCACCCACGGCGUGUGUCACGGCGACGUGAUACCCCUCCGCAGGCUCAAGGGAAUCACGGCCACGGUGUUCGACUGCGACCACUCCGUCCCAUCCGUCGGCUACGUCUUCAGCACCACCACUCACCGCCUCCGCCCCGAGUACUCCGAACUCGCCGGUUCGCAAAUUCGCGACCUGCGCCAAUCGGGUGUCGAGAUCACUGCCCCCCAUACGGCUCCCAUAUUUGCCUUCCUGGGUGAUACCACAGUCGCCACCCUGGCAGCUGACCCUCCGUGGCUGCGCGACGAUGGCAUCCCUGUCGUCAUCACCGAGUGCAGCUUUCUGUACGAAGAGCACAGGGAACAGGCCGAAAAGACCAAGCACACGUACUGGGGUGACUUGGAGAAGGUUAUCCGAAAGUGGCCCAAGACGACUUUUGUUCUCAUGCAUUUUAGCAUGAGGUACAGCGACAAGGACAUCUGUGAGUUCUUCAAGGGGCUCGAGGAUCCUCCAACCAACAUGGUCGUCUGGAUUGACGGCGAAUCCUCAUGA